AAAAUUAGAAUUUCACGUGCAAUAAAUCAUUCACAUAGAACGUGAUUUGAUUUUUUUUUUCUUUUUCAAAUUCUUCGAAUUCAAAAUCAAACAAUGUCUUCAUUACGAUAUUUGAUGAAUGUUGAAGGUAUUUCUGGCCGUUUCAAUAAUCUUAUUUAUGUUCCAUGUUGUAUGAAAAGAACCGACAGAUUUGUAUGGCCAAUUGUAUGUUAUUUUGGUGGUGAUAUACAAAAUUUUCAUGAUGAAAUGAUCAAACAAAAUAAUCAUGAAUUUUUGUCAUAUUCAUUGGAAAAUGUUGCAAAAAAACUAUCGAAUCGAUUCAACGAACAUGACAUAUUCAUUGUUCAACCAUCAAAAAUGAUUAAUUCAUUUUCAUUGUAUGAUAAUUUUUGCAAACCACAAACAUAUGGAUCACCAUUAUAUGAUGACAAUGAUCAAUCUUGUUUUGAUCAUUUUUAUCGAUUGUUGACUAAUGCAAGCAAACAAAUCAACAUAACCAUAGACAGUAGUAUUGAAGCUUGUUUAAUUGCUUUCAGUAAAGGUCAAAUUGUAAUCAAUCAAUUGGCUCGAUCUCUGCAUCAGGUUUCACCACAAUCAAAAUUUAAAUUAACCGAUCUAUAUCUAUUGGAUGGUGGUCAUAAUGGAUCCAAAGAUUUUUGGAUUAUUCAAUCGAAAUUCAUUGAUUCACUAGUCAAACAUGGAUGCCAAAAAUUUCACAUCGGUGUAACUGAUUUUCAGCUGAACAAACCACAGAAUAUUCGACAAGAAUUUGAAAAAUUUCAUAAAAUUCUUCUCACAAUGGCCAAUGUAAAUGUUGAAAAAACCUAUCUUGCUCAAAAUGAUUUUGCACAUUUAUCACCAAUUAAUUUACAUUUUAAACUUUUAGAUUAUCUAUUUGAAAAUUUAUUGUGAACAAAAUAAUAACUAAUUUU